AUGAAUUAUAUCUCGGCGAUGCACUGGUAAAGGAGAAAUCAACAUCCCUCCCAACAUGGCCAUGGCGCAAUACAAAAAGGACGAAGACGACGCGGGAAUCGUGAAGGUCGACAGGACUUCCGUCUUCCAAGAAGCCCGAGUCUUCAACACAUCGCCCGUGUCGCCUCGAAGAUGUCGAAUCCUCCUUACCAAAAUCGCACUCCUCCUCUUCACCGGCGAGAAGUUCCCAACCAACGAAGCCACCACCCUUUUCUUCGCCAUCUCUAAGCUGUUCCAGAACAAAGAUGCCUCCCUCCGACAGAUGGUAUAUCUGGUCAUCAAGGAGCUGGCCAACACCGCCGAAGAUGUCAUCAUGGUCACGAGCAGUAUCAUGAAGGAUACCGCGGUAGGGAGCGAUGUUGUCUACCGAGCGAAUGCCAUUCGAGCGCUAUGCCGCAUAAUCGACGCCAGUACCGUCCAAGCAAUUGAGCGCAAUAUCAAGACUGCUAUUGUGGACAAGACGCCUUCAGUCUCCUCCGCAGCACUGGUCAGCUCCUACCACCUACUACCAAUCGCCAGGGAUAUCGUCCGGAGAUGGCAGAGCGAGACACAGGAGGCUGCCAGCUCAGCUAAAUCCUCAGGAGGAUUUAUGGGCUUUGGAGGCUCAGCACACAACCUAGCUGCUGCGAACACAAACUACAUGACACAAUACCAUGCAAUUGGUCUGCUUUAUCAGAUGCGCUCGCACGAUCGCAUGGCUUUGGUCAAGAUGGUGCAGCAGUAUAGUGCGGCUGGUGUGGUCAAGAGCCCAGCUGGCCGAGUCAUGCUUGUGCGACUGGCAGCCAAGCUUGCGGAGGACGACCCGAGUUUGAGAAAGCCAAUGAUGAAGUUGCUGGAUGAAUGGCUGCGGGACAAGAGCGAGAUGGUCAACUUUGAAGCCGCCAAGGCCAUCUGCGAUAUGUCCGACCUCACAGAUGCCGAGAUUGGCCAAGCGAUCCACGUCCUGCAGCUCUUCCUCACAUCUCCACGAGCAGUCACCAAAUUCGCCGCCAUUCGAAUCCUCCACCAAUUCGCCUCGUUCAAGCCAGACGCAGUACGACAAUGUAACCCAGACAUCGAAUCCCUCAUCUCCAACUCAAACCGCUCAAUUGCAACCUUUGCCAUCACUACUCUUCUCAAGACUGGAAAUGAGUCCUCGGUCGACCGCCUCAUGACCCAGAUCAGCACUUUCAUGUCCGAGAUCACCGACGAGUUCAAAGUCACCAUAGUCGAGGCCAUCCGAACUCUGUGCUUGAAGUUCCCCUCCAAGCAAGCACGUAUGCUGGCUUUUUUGUCUGGAAUCUUGCGCGAGGAGGGUGGCUACGACUUCAAGCGUGCAGUCGUUGAGAGCAUCUUCGAUCUGAUCAAGUUCGUCCCAGAAAGCAAAGAAGAAGCUCUUGCGCAUCUCUGCGAGUUCAUUGAGGACUGCGAGUUUACGAAGCUUGCCGUCCGAAUAUUGCACGUGCUGGGAAUGGAAGGACCAAAGACCAUGCAGCCAACCAAGUACAUCCGAUACAUCUACAACCGAGUCGUGCUGGAGAAUGCGAUCGUGAGAGCUGCUGCUGUUACUGCAUUGGCCAAGUUCGGCGUGGGUCAGAAGGAUCCAGAAGUCAAGCGCAGUGUUGGCGUGCUGCUCACUCGAUGUUUGGACGAUACUGACGACGAAGUUCGUGACCGUGCUGCCCUCAAUCUUCGCCUGAUGAAGGAGGAAGAUGAUGAGGUCGCAGCCAAAUUCGUGCGAAACGACUCCAUGUUCUCCCUGCCUGUCCUUGAAGACCAACUCGCGCACUACGUCAAUGGUGGCAGCGCGGAGGCCUUUGCAAAUCCUUUCGACUUCUCGAACGUCCCGAUUGUAUCACGAGAACAGUCUCUCGCCGAGGACCGACAGAAGAAGCUCACAACCGCCACGCCAACCCUCAAGGCGCCUACCGUUGGACCAAAGAAGACCGAUGCAUCUGCAGCACAAGUCGCCGAGACCGCCACUGCUGCCACACAGAACUAUGCCUCGCAACUGCAAGCCAUUCCCGAAUUCUCCUCAUACGGCGGCGUGCUCAAGAGCUCGCCUGUUAUCGACCUUACCGAAUCAGAAACCGAAUAUGUGGUCAGCGCCGUCAAGCACUUGUUCAAAGAGCAUGUCGUGCUUCAGUUCAACAUCAAGAACACUCUCGCCGACUACGUCCUCUCCGACGUCACGGUCAUCUGCACACCUUCCGGCUCCGAGGAGGAAGAGGAGUCGCCGCUUGUCGAUGAUGGAUUCAUCAUCCCCGCCGAGCUUCUCAAGACCGACGAGCCAGGUACCGUCUACGUGUCCUUCACAAGACCUGCAGACCAGCCCGUCGCAGCAUCUUUUACCAACGUCCUCAAAUUCACGCUCAAGGAAAUGGAUCCCUCAACAGGCGAGCCAGAGGAGGGCGGAUACGAAGACGAGUAUCAGGUCGAGGAUCUCGAGCUCUCUGGUGCCGACUACAUACUUCCUGCCUUCGCUGGCUCAUUUGACAACAUCUUUUCUGGCCUACCUAUUGAGACCGAGGCAUCUGAGACAUUACAGCUGUCGAAUGCCAAGGCCAUUACGGAUGCCGUCGAAAUGCUGAUCAAGACUCUUGGCAUGCAGCCUCUCGAAGGCACGGAAGUCGCGCUGUCAACAUCCACGCACACGCUCAAGCUUUAUGGCAAGUCCGUCACCGGCGGCAAGGUUGCCAGCACGGUACGGAUGGCAUACAGUGCCAAGUCUGGGGUAACAGUCAAGAUUACAGCAAGGAGUGAAGAAGAGGGUCUUGCACAAUUGCUCGUUGGUGGUGUGGCUUGAGCUCGAAGCUGAGCGACGUUGGAAGUUGGGCGUCAUGGCGUCAGGCAGGCAGCGAUGAUGGGAGGUACAGACUUUGCAACAGAAUAGAAAAGUCGUCGAGCUUAGCGAUAUGGAAUGGAAUGGAAAUGGAAAGGAAUUGGUCGUUACAUGUCCCAUUUCUGAAAUUAGAAUUUCUUUUGAAAGAUG